AUGGAGGUAGCUCCUCCCAUGCCCCCUGAUCCAGGGGAGCAUGUAGAAAUCCCACAGACUACGCCGACUUUCUUUGGUCGCAAGCGACCACUAGAAGAGAAAAUCCACGCCUCAUUUAAAAAAUCAGUGAUCCUGCAUCUGCAAAUAACUUUAUUCAACCCUUCUGCUUCCUCUUCUACCCCCCCUUCCGCGGGAAAGAAGAGAAAGAAGAAGAAUAAACGGAGAAAGAAAGGGGGUCAGGAGUCCGGUCCACACCAGGGAAAGAGCCAGUCAACGGAAUGGACGAAGGUGGGUCCUAAGACACGGCCUGAAGUGAAAAGUCGCGCCAGCAAACUCCGCACACCUCGGUCAUCAGCAGUAGUAUUGACGCUGCAACCGGGGGCGGAACAAAGAGGCGCGACUUAUGCAAAAGUCAUUGCCGCUGCGAAAGCGAAUAUAAACGCAGCAGACAUUGGUGCUCAAGGAGUCAGACUUCGUAAGGCGGCGACAGGAGGCCGCCUGUUCGAAUUCCCUGGGGCCUCCAGUGCUGAGAAGGCGGACUCCUUGGCUACAAAGCUCAGAGAGGUCUUGGGUGACGAGGUCGUUCGGAUAUCUAGGCCUUCGAAGUCUGUUGACCUGCGGAUCACAGGCCUGGACGACUCCGUCACCAGCGCCGAGGUUAUCGCUGCGGUGGCAACGGUAGGAGGAUGUCCCGUCGAGCAAGUGCGGGCUGGCGAAGUUGUUUGUGGCUACGACGGGCUAGGGGCAGUGUUAGUGCACUGUCCCGUUGCAGCUGCCAAGAAGGUGGUAGCAGGAGGAAGGCUCCUCGUGGGAUGGGUGUCUGCGCAAGUGAAGUUGCUGGACGCCCGGCCCUUGAUGUGCUAUCGGUCAUAA